AUCUGCUGUGGGAGUCGGUAUGUCCUCCCCGCGGGCGCGUGGGUUUCCUCCUUCAUUCCAAAGACAAGCAGUAGGUGGAUUGGACAGUCUAAAUUGGAGUGUGUGCUGUGCGCGAGUGAGGGGUACGGAUCAACUACCGCGGCACGGCUAGCCACCCGGUGGUGUAAACAUUCGCUCGACAUGAUUGUCGCUAAGUGACACUCCCAACACCCCGUGUGCAGAAUGGGAAUAAAGGGGUUUAGUAUGGAUGGUUCUGUAAGGUUGAUUCUAGCUGAAUACUUCAUUUCACUGUAGCACUGUUUGUCCUAAAAGGCUCCCUGUAGUAUGCUUAUUGGUAACCUAGCAACUGACCAACAGCACAAGGACCUAGGAUACAGAUAAUGAACCGAGCUUAAAAGAUACAGCAGGUACUGUUAUACGGAACCUCACUGUGCAAGAAUGUCUGUUCCAUUUUCGAAUACCAGUCUUCGUAUUCCACAUGGCUUUGGGAACCUGUUGGAGGGUCUAGCCAGAGAAGUUCUCCGAGAACAGCCUGAUGACAUUCCUCUGUUUGCAGCUAGAUAUUUUUCCCAUCUACUUCAACAAAGGGAAGAAUCUGGAAUAGAUCCAGCAGAAUGGGGAGCUAAACUGGAAGACAGGUUCUACAAUAAUCAUAUAUUUAAGCAAUCAAGUCUAUCAGAUUUUGAAGAGCCAAACACAGAAGAGGAAGCAGCUAUAAAGAUCCAGGCCACUUACAGAGGAUAUGCAACACGACAGGAAGUGAAGAAACUGAAAGCCAACAAGGACAUGCUACCAACAUCUCCCGUUAAUCUGACUUUUGCUGAACAGCCUGCCCUUUCCAGUAUGGAAGAUAUUCUUAGUUAUGGCAAUGAGACUCCAAGGCUGAAAGAAGAAGAAAAAGUAGACAUUUGGAAGAGACCUUCCACUAGUGCUUUGUCAGAACAAAGUCAAGAAAAUUCUCCAGGAAGUUACACUUUGAGACAAGACCAGGAUUUUGACAAAAAUAAUGAUUCCAUUGUUGAUGGAGUUGUUGCAGAUCCUGAAACAAAGGCAGAAGUAUUGGAAACUGAACACCCUGGAACAGUAAAUGUAGAUACAAAUGCUAUGGAGUUACCUCAGCAAGAUAUGCAUGAAACAGCAUAUUCAGCAACAACAGAUGUGGACAUCAGUGCAACACAGAUAGCUCAGGAAAGCAUCUCAGAAAUGAAAUUGUCACAAAAUGGAGCAGUGAUAACUCAGGAGGAUAUCCAAAAAAACAUGGUAACAUCAAAUGCUGACAUUCCUUCCACAGAAAGAACAGAAGAGAGUGUCCAAGACUCACAGACCAAUGCUGCACUGAUAGAAAGUUCUGCUAUAGAAGUAACUCAGGAACACACCUCUGAAAGUGACUGUAAUGAAGCAAGUGUGGAUGUCAGUACUGAUGAAGAACCAAAGAUAACUACUCCGGAAGCAACAGUCAUGGCAGUAGGGACGAAUGCUGGCAUUUCUUCCACAGAAAGAAAAGAAGAGAGUGUCCAAGACUCACAGACCAAUGCUGCACUGAUAGAAAGUUCUGCUAUAGAAGUAACUCAGGAACACACCUCUGAAAGUGACUGUAAUGAAGCAAGUGUGGAUGUCAGUACUGAUGAAGAACCAAAGAUAACUACUCCAGAAGCAACAGUCAUGGCAGUAGGGAUGAAUGCUGACAUUUCUUCCACAGAAAGAAAAGAAGAGAGUGUCCAAGACUCACAGACCAAUGCUGCACUGAUAGAAAGUUCUGCUAUAGAAGUAACCCAGGAACACACCUCAGAAAGUGACCAUAUUGAAACAAGUGUGGAUGUCAGUACUGAUGAAGAACCAAAGAUAACCACUCUAGAAGCAACAUUCAUGGCAUUAGAGAUGAAAACAUCCAGCACUUACACCACUGAUAUGGAUAAGGAGUUUGAGCAAAAUAAAGGCCAAGAAAUUCAAGAGAGGGCAGAAGGAGAUGAAAGUAGCCAAGUAAAUGCUCGUUCUGUUGAUCCUGAGUCUGUGAAAGAAAGUGGGAUCACUGCAGAUGAUAAAAUGGUAAUAAGUGAAGAGGGAGAGGACAUUUAUAAUGCAAUACACAACGAACCUUACAAAGAGACAGAGGUGGAAUCUGGAAAGAUUGAAGCCCAAGAGGUGAAAAAGGAGACCACAGAGACAGAGGGACACACUGCUACCACUGAGGAGUCUUUGACCACUGACCUGUUAGAAAAUCUAGAAAGUAAUCAAGCUGUCAUUGUGCUACUAAAAGGUGAGCCAGAAGAGAAGCAGGAGGAGCAGGAAUCUGCUAGGGAGACAGUGAGUGAGAAGGAUGCAUAAUCGAGCACUGUUAAAUAUCUUUGAAGAUGCAUACUGAAGAUACUGCUCAUGGGAUUUGAGGUGGAAUGCAUUUCAAACAGUGCAAAAAAAAAAAACUGAAAGCAGAACUGUAGACCAGACCAUAAUAUGAAACUUGUGUAGUCAUAUAGUAACACAACAAUAUAAUGCAUUUUGUGAUCACUGUAUAAUGAAACUACCAGUAAAUAGCAAGAAUGGCUGUCCUAAAGGUA